UAUCAUUGGUGCACUUCUGCGCCACUGUCCCAGCGCUCUCAAAUCUCGUGUACUGGCCAAAUUCGUCGAAUCGGAUCAUGAGAAAGUGGAUCGCCUAGUCGAACUGCAUUUGAAAUAUUUUGCUCAGGUUAAAAAAGCAGACAGUCGGAUUCGGGCUUUGAGAGAGGUGAGUCAUUACGGAUUCGUUUUCACUUCGGCCUCCUUUGUUUCUUGCUACUGUUCUCUUACUCAGCAUAUCUUUAACUGGAGUUAUAUCAGAAUGCGCAGACUCCAAGGUUUAUAG